AUGAUGGCACAGGAAGCCUAUACCCAUCAUCCGAAAGAUGCCCAGGAGGAAUUUGUUGAGUCCAUUGAGGAACACACAGAGCAACCGUACGCAGAGCGACACGAUGCCACUCAACCGACGCAAGUUAAAGCCCAAGACAAAGCUCUCGAAUUGAUCGAAGAACUGGGCCAUUCAACAAUUCUUACACCAGAAAAUAACAAACAUGUUCUUCGACAAAUCGAUCUACGUUUACUUCCCAUCCUCCUGGCUAUCUACUUUUUACAACAACUAGACAAGUCUACCCUAUCCUAUGCUUCGGUCUUUGGACUCGUGGAAACGACCCAUCUUCAUGGUCACCAGUACUCCUGGCUCGGUGCGGUCGUCUACGUCGCUCAGCUGGUAUUCCAGCCUUUAGUAUCUUAUCUUUUGGUCAAAGUUCCUAUCGGGAAGUUUUUGGCAGUUUCGGUUCUUCUUUGGGGUAUUACACUGGCAUGCAUGACUGCCGCGUCUUCGUUUGCGACCUUAAUGGUAUGCCGACUUUUUCUCGGCAUUUUCGAGUCUGGAUUGGCUCCGGCAUUUAUUGCUGUGACCCAAAUGUGGUAUCGACGACGGGAGCAGCCGAUUAGGUUAGGCUCAUGGUAUGCAAUGAAUGGAGUGGUCAACAUGUUUGGAAGUUUGAUCACUUAUGGCCUGGGUCAUAUCAACUCGUCCGUCUUUGAGCCUUACCAGAUCAUCUUUCUUUUCUUUGGUUUGAUCACUGUUGUGUUUUCUGCCGCUGUCUUUGUUUUCAUGCCUGAUUCGCCGGUCAAAUCUAAUUUUCUAUCGGAAGAAGAUAAAUUGGUUGCGAUUGAGAGACUCCGCAUGAAUCAGCAGGGCAUCGAAGGCCAUGAAUGGAAAUGGGAUCACGUCAAGGAGGCAUUCCUGGACCUGAAGUCCUGGUUUUGGUUUGCUUUGAUGUUUACCAUCUCAAUUCCAAGCGGCGGUAUCACCACUUUCGGUCCCCUAAUUAUCGCAUCAUUCGGUUUCAAUGACCUCAAUACAAUCCUCCUGAACGUUCCUUUCGGUGCAGUACAACUCAUUGCUACAAUGGGAGGUGCAUGGCUUGCUACUGUUUGGAAGAAGAAAGGACCAGUUCUGGCUCUAUUAUGUCUGCCUCCCAUUGCAGGCUGUGUCAUGCUGCUCAAGAUCCCCCAUGACGAUGCUCACAAAGGCCCUCUCCUCGUGGGAUACUAUAUUAUCUCUGUUUACCCUGGUAUCACACCCCUGAUCUACUCAUGGUCGGCAGCAAACACUGCGGGAGAAACAAAGAAGAAGGUAACAACCGGUAUACUGGUUGUUGGCCAAUGCGUCGGAAAUAUCAUUGGGCCCAACCUAUACACAACAGAUGAGGCCCCACUGUACCGCCGAGGACUUCUUUCGAACCUUGCGUUGUUCUGCGUUUUGUGGCUCCUUAUUGUCUUGAACAUGGCAUACAUAUCCAUCUUGAACAAGAAACACGAGAAGAAGCGUGUUGCUCUUGGGAAGGAUGCCAAGGUUGUGGAUCACUCUAUGUUUGCUGUUGGUACGGUGCCAACUGACAAAGAAGGCGAGCCCAUCCAACAAAUGGUCCAUGAUAACGCCUUCAAGGAUCUGACAGACGGCCAAAAUGAGGAUUUUGUUUAUGUAUACUAA